CGUGGACCCGAAUUUUGUGAGCCAACAGCGCGUCGUCCCAUCGUCCUGUUACUUGACACGUCCCAUCUCUUUCUUCUCUUCAAAAUGGCCUCACUAGCAAGGAUACGGCCCCGUGUGCCCCGUCGCAUUCCUUUCGUUCGAGCCAUCCAGACAUCGGCCGACACGACGCAGCUACAGGAGCACCCGUCAGACCACUCCAAACCAUUCACUGUAAAACUCCAUGAGGACUCGUAUCGCUCGUACCUCUGCGACACUCCCUCGUUUGAGGUAGAGGUGAAAAAGGACGAACUCAUGUCGAUGUACAAGGACAUGCAGACCAUGCGUCGCAUGGAGAUGGCUGCUGACGCUCUGUACAAGGCUAAACUCAUCCGUGGAUUCUGCCAUUUGGCUAUCGGUCAGGAAGCUGUGGCUGUUGGUCUGGAGUACGGUAUCACGCCCAAAGACCGAGUCAUCACUGCUUACCGGUGUCACCCUUUCGCUGUUAUGCGUGGCGGCACUAUCAAGGGUGUUAUCGCUGAGCUUCUUGGCCGUCAGGCAGGCAUGUCACACGGAAAGGGUGGAUCUAUGCACAUCUUCACACCUUCAUUCUUCGGUGGAAAUGGUAUAGUCGGUGCUCAAGUGCCAGUCGGUGCUGGAAUCGCUUUCGCACAAAAAUACCUCGGCAACAACACCGCUACAUUCGCCCUCUACGGUGACGGUGCCAGUAACCAGGGUCAAGUGUUCGAGGCAUUCAACAUGGCUAAACUGUGGAAUCUCCCUGCUGUUUUCGUGUGUGAGAACAACAAGUACGGAAUGGGUACCUCGGCCGAGCGUAGCUCCUCUAACACAGAGUACUUCACUCGUGGUGACAAGAUCCCUGGUCUUCAAGUUAAUGGAAUGGACAUUAUUGCCACGCGCAAUGCCGUUCAAUACGCUCGCAAAUGGGUCACUGAGGGCAAUGGCCCGCUCCUCAUGGAGUUCGUCACUUACCGUUAUGGUGGUCACUCUAUGUCUGAUCCCGGUACUACCUACCGUACUCGUGAGGAAGUCCAAAGGAUGCGUAGCACUCAGGACCCUAUCAGAGGUCUUCAACGUUACAUCGAGGAAUGGGGUCUUGCAUCGGAACAAGAGCUUAAGCAACUCGACAAGAACGCUAAAGCCGAAGUCGACGAGGCUGUUGAGGAAGCCAAACAAUCACCUGAGCCACUCCUCAAGGACCUCUGGACUGACAUAUACUAUAAGGGUACUGAGCCGCCGUUCAUGCGAGGUCGUGAGAAGGACGAGGUCCACUACUACUAAUGUGGAGGGAUGGUGACGAUGUUGUAACUGCUGUUAUUCAGCGUGCCGUGUUUUAUCACACUCGCGCUAUGACUAUCAUAGACUCUUUAGCAUCUUUUUUUAGUACUAUUAUGGUAUUCGUGGCGACGAAAUAAAAUACAAUGCUCGAGUGCUAUAAUCUUC